CAAUAUUAGUGACCUUUUGUUCAUCAGGUUCUCGAAAAGGCUGACGGGUAACGCGGGGUCAUCUGAAGCGUGUGUUCCGAGUCGGCCUUUGUUGUGUUUUUCUGAGUCUUGUUGACAAAUAUUUGGCUCUGUACGCUAUUUUCCAGCACCAACAAUGAGUGGAGGUGUCUAUGGAGGAGAUGAAGUAGGCGCUCUGGUGUUUGACUUUGGUGCCUACACCACUAGAGCUGGAUAUGCCGGGGAAGACUCUCCAAAGGUUGAGUUCCCCACCCAUGUUGGCGUGGUGGAAGGGGCAGAACCCAUGGACACAGGUGCUACAGGAGACAAGCCCCAGGGGGCGGAGAAGAAGGUCUACAUUGACUACAACUCACUGUUUGUCGCACGGGAGAACAUGGAGAUGACCACACCCCUCAAGGAUGGCAUGAUUGAAGACUGGGACUUGUUCCAGAUGAUCUUGGACCACAUCUACAAGAAACACAUCCACUCUGAACCUGAACUUCACCCUGUCCUGAUGUCUGAAGCACCUUGGAACGUCCGAGGGAAGAGGGAGCGACUGACGGAGCUGAUGUUCGAACAUUACAACAUCCCUGCUUUCUUCCUGUCCAAAACAGCAGUACUGUCAGCUUUUGCCAAUGGGCGAUCCACAGGUAUUGUUGUAGACAGUGGUGCCACCUCCACCACUGUAGUCCCUGUACAUGAUGGGUACGUCUUACAGCAAGCCAUUGUGAAGUCUCCUCUAGCAGGUGACUUUAUCACCAUGCAGUGUCGACAACUCUUCCAGGAGCUGAACAUCGAUGUGAUACCACCUUACCAGAUUGCAGCCAAGGAACAAGUCCGAGACACUGCAGCACCAGUCUGGAAAAAGAAAAAUGUUCCAACCACCACAAAGUCCUUCCACAACUACAUGGUGGAUGAGGUGUUGCGGGAUUUCCAGGCCUCUGUUCUGCAGUUGUCAGACAGCCCAUAUGAAGAACAGGUUGCUGUCCAAAUGCCCACCAUCCACUAUGAGCUGCCCAAUGGUUACAACCAGGACUUUGGCAGCGAGAGAUUUCGUGUCUGUGAGGCUCUGUUUGACCCUUCAGUUGUAAAGGGCAUGGCCAGUAACACCAUGUUGGGGGUGGGGCAUUCUGUCACGACCAGUGUGGGCAUGUGCGACAUAGAUCUCAGGCCGGCCCUGUAUGGCAGUGUUGUAGUGACAGGGGGAAACUCUCUCCUCUCAGGAUUCACCGACAGACUCAACAAAGAACUGAGCAGUAAAACACCUCCGAGCAUGAGGUUGAAGAUGAUUCACAACAGUGGCACGGCAGAGCGCAGGUUCAGCAGUUGGAUAGGAGGGUCCAUCCUCGCAUCGCUGGGUACGUUCCAGCAGAUGUGGAUCUCCAAGCAGGAGUAUGAGGAGGCCGGGAAGGGCUGUGUAGAGAGGAAGUGUCCGUAAACAUGCCUGUCAUAAACGUACACCUACUAAACUCUGUAUUUAAGCACCAAACACAUGAGGUAGCCAUAUGGGAUGAACAUUUUACAAAGUAGUAAUGCUUCCAUCUGACAUGUCGGCCAUUUCCCCAGGCAAAGGUAGCUGAUAUGGGUGGACAAUUGGGGUAGUCAGUUCCUAAACUUUUCAAAGGAUUUCAAGGGUACCAGACAGCUCCGUUUAGCAUCUUGUAUCAUAAGUAGAGUCUACUUUCAUAAUAUUGCCACUAAAAGCAUAAUGGCACCAAAUAUAAUAAUGAAACGAUAAAUUUCAAGAGAUCUACUAAUGCAGAAUCUCUGAGUUAUGUACACUUAACAUAUAUUCUGGUGUUCAAGACAUUCUUUAGAAGGCUUUGAUUACCAACCAUGCAUUGUAUGACAACAAGGACAAAGGUUUACGGUUCUAUGUCAGGACAAGAGAGGGUAAAAAACAUUCCACCACUUGCCAAAUGACAUGGAAGUUAUGGGCAGUGUAUGUCUGUUUCCCAUGAUUUUUGUGUCUGUAGACAUCUUUCUACUGGUAUUUCAGGUACUCUCUUCCAGCCAAGAAAAGAACAACGGCUGUAUAGAACUGAUAUAAAACCAAGAUGAUUCUCUUACUAAUGGCUUAUGUAACACCUUUAUGAGCUCACCUUUUCCCAGUGCAUUUUGGCAGUAUCUAAGAACUGUAAUAUUUUGUCAUUAAUAAGAGUAAGGAGUCAGUAAAAGCAUGAGCAUCCAAGGUAAAUAGAUUACAGUACAUGGACACUAACUGGGGGAAACGGUGGGUUGCUCCUAUGUCAAAUUGGCAUUACUUGUGAAAUUGACAUAACCAUUGAGGUAUGAUGAGCCUCGAUGAGAGUAGACAUUACAUGUAAAUAUAUCUAAGUGCUUGUAUUUCUGAAUUUUAGUACCAUAAUGAUUAUAAGGCAUCAAUGCAUAACACAGAAGUUCUGCAAAGUACCUACUGUGCAAGCAAUUAGUUUGAGCAAGGAGGUUAAAAAAGACCCAUGGCCCCUCUUAUAAAAUCCAUUUUCUCAUGGAAACAGUGUGAUUACAGUGGUCUGGUGGCUUUUCAGUACAUAGGACAAAAUAUAUAUCAAGUUUUGACAGAAAGUUCUAAUGUUGAUCUUUACUUCUAGCCCAGUUUACAUUAAACAUUAUGUAUUUCUGGAAGUGCUUGGGCUGUCUGUGGUCUUAGUUUAUAUAGCAGUCAUAGAAUUGCGUAGAAAUCCAUAUGUCUCAUCUAUAUGGGAAGGAAAGCUGUUUAACGUUUGGGGAUGUAUGGUGUGUGUUUUGUAGAAUUUGCUUUCCACAAUGUUAAUACAUAUAAGUCAUAAACAUGAUCUAUCCGCUUGUACUAUUUCUAUAUUGAUUAUGCUUAUGAAGUUCUAUUUUCAUAUAACUUAUAGGUAUUGUUGUUUAUGUAAAACUAUACACCUAUAAACAUAAUGAAAAAAAACAUUCAUGACUUUGAUUUUCUUCUGAAGGAGGUAAAACAGAACACACAGCUUCAGUUGAACUGUAAGUCCAUCGUCCCCCAAAUCCAACCAUUUCUUUCAUUCCAAAAAUUGUAAUAAAAUCAAUCCAAAUCUUUUUUAUGUUAUGCCUCUGAAAUUGAGGUAGUAAUCUUGCUAUGUUACUGCUAGUAAUAGAAUGCUUUCAUUUGUUGAUUUUGUCAAAUGUCUCACCUUCAUGUACAUGUGUAUCAAGCAAGUACUAUA